AUGAUUGGUGAUAACGAAAUCAACCUCAAUGAAUCCAAGGUGGUUUCGCUCAACACCAGGGUACUAAUCUCCAACUUCAAGCUAGGUUACAACCUUCGCUGCCACCCCGAUGGCGGCUCAUGCAACCGCGACCUCGGCGAAUUCCUUGAACGAAAGCUCCCAGCCAACAGCAUCCCCGUCGAUGACAUCUUCUCCUUCGACCGGCUCGACCGAUCCAUGAGGCUCCUCAACCGGGUCUACCGACCCCAAUCCCAAUUGACCACCCAGAUCAACCUAGAGAAACAACUCAGCACCACUGUCGUCGUCCCCGUCAUCGUCUUCUACCGCGAUGGAAGUUUCACCUACUUCUACGCCAACACUGUGAUUUACGACACCUUCUGCCGCCGCAUCGUCUCCCUCUGCGGGUCGAGGGGGAACAUUCGGAGGAGAACCCCAAUCCCAAAAUUUGACAUAACCCCAUUUUCUAGUCUCGAUUUUCACCUCCAAAAAGCACUUCAGCCCCGUACAAAUUUUCACCUUCGACAAAAACCCCAAUCUCCGGUCUAUUUUCCCCUUGGAGCCGCGACGCAGGUGGGUGAAUUAGAGAAGACACAACCGGUUGGAGCUAAAUUUGCUAGGUUCGCCGCCGCCACAAUCAAUUACUUCCUCACAUGUCUUACCGGUCCGACUACUUUGAGCUUCUUGUUCGGGAACUGCAAUGGCGGUCUUCGCCCUAGAAUCUUCGCCACGUUUUGCGAUUCUGGAAUGAGUGGUGAUGGGUUCUUCCUUCCGCGACGAUGGUGA